AAUCAAAAGAGUUGUGUUUUCAUCUCCCCCGAUUUCGUUCAGCCCUCCUCAAUAUAGUUUCCUCGUUCUGGACGUAUAGUAUUUUGACGGUGGUUUGAUUUUCUGGUGAGUAUCUUAUCUUUUGAUUUGUCUAUAAGUCGAUUCUGUCUCAUUAUGUCAUCGUAGUCUUAUUAGGGCUUACUCACUUGCUGCAGCAUGGAAAGCUGACUUGUUGCUUAUUGAACGCUAGCGUAGAUCUACAAUCUAUGCUCCAAACAACGUUCGAUUUUCAAUUUUUUGGCCUUAAACUGGGGUGAAUGAUUCAGUUGAAGAAUAGUUGAACUUCUGAGAAAUUAAAAGUUUGACUGAUAUAAGACCCUUGAUCCCCCCCAUUUGAAAGCACACUUAUAAUGAUAUAUAUAACCUUACGUACUUGAAUUGUGGGGAUUGUGCACUGAGAUCACAUUUCUUUUAAUUUGCUCUUCUUGUCGUAAACUUUCUCAACCCACUUUCUUGAGCUUCCUUUUCAGUAUGCAGGUGUUUUUCAUAUGACUGCAAGUUGACACUCCAACUUAACAACAAACAAAAAUUCCAUUUCCUGUAAAAAAUAUUAAUAUGUGAUUGGAUGAGGCUGAGUUUAUUAUGCAAGUCGACUCCAAGAUUUGCAUAAUAUCAAAUCCUUCAAAGAUAUAAAGUAAAUCACACUUCUAAUCUACACUCCAACAACAAAACUAUCCUUAAGUAAUUUAAAAGUUUUAAGUUAGAGACCGGUCAUUUAUUAGAGGUGGGGGGGGUGGGCUGGUUGGGAAUGUUUUAACACCUCAAGACGGCCUGUCAGAAAUGCCUGGUUUUUUAGUGGGAGGUUUAACUGUUUUAAUCUGUGGUUAAGUGAGCAUGCUUAACGCUUCGAUUAGGAAAAUGUUUCACCUGUGCAUGCUGGCCAAUAUUAUUUAGAGGAAUGGAACACACAAUAUUGAUGUUAAAUGUGUCUGGCAUGUUUUUCAUCGCCAGUGGAGUUUCUUAAUUAAUGAAUGGUAAAAGGCGUGAAAUUCCUGUCACACCUCCUGAAUGCGAGCUGCAGCGAUGUUAUUACAGUCCCUCUAUUUUUCUCACUUCCUCUCAAACUGCCCCUGCCCCGUUAGUAGUUUUGACACUCAUGCAAGAUGGCAACCCGCAACGCAUAGCGCUCAAUCUCCACGAUCUUAUGGGAAAAUGGGGGACUGUGAACAGUCUACUGACACACUUGUUUACAUCAAAAUACUUUCAUCCUUAAAAUGAGUUUACCUCUCUGAAACUCAGGUGUGCGUGGUAACGUAAGGCUUUAGGAGCUCGCUAGGCCUGCUGGAAGAGAUCGGAAAAUGUGUUAGCAAAACGUUAUGAGUACAAGCCUUGUGAGUUUACGGAAUCUGCAAAAUCCUGUGUAAUCGUAGAGAAAUUGGAGUGUUGUAAGAAACAAGCCUCAGACCUGGAAUAAAUACAGUUCAGUUCAAAUUUGUCUACACUCAGGUCUGUAACGUUCCCAUCUUCAUAGCAGCCAUGACCUUUUCCUAUUCAUUGGCAGUUUCAUGAUGAGAAGGGAGCUUAUUUAAGCUGAUAUUCUUCAUAUAAUAGUUGCCAUCCUUCCAGUGUUUCUUUUUUUGCUGUUCUUGCUUUGUUUUUGAGGCAGUACUUGGGUUAUUCACAUAAUGACUCAGUCAAUUCCAAGUGUGCCCAUCCCCCAACUUGGGCAUUUGUCGGGCAUUUGUCAUGUUGUUUCAGAAAGCUGCAAAUACCCCAUGGUGGGGCCGUAGUUUUUAAACCUGAUAAUACACUCCUGCAACUCAUUCUUACACUUAUAUUUAGAUAAGGGGGAACUUAUUUUGUUUAAUAAACUGGAGGCAAAGUUUAGCUGUGUCUUUAUCAGUUUGAGCAUAUUCGAAUCUCAAAUUGUGGGGAGGUUUUCAGAGUACUAGCCUGGAGCAGCCCGGCAGUCUCUCUCUGUUUAUCACGGAAAUCUGAACUUAUCCAAUAUCUGGUACAACUACAACUCUUUCCACUUUGGCAUAGAAAUUGAAAUUUCUAAACAAACAUCAAUUUUUGUAGAAGAAUUUUUGAAGAAUAUUCUUGAAAAUUGGACAUGAAUAUCAGACUGCCGGGUGAUCUAGUUGUUUGAAAACAUUUACCGGCUGCAAUAAUUAAGGUAUCAAGACACAGCAUUUAAAAGUCCUCUUAUUUUUCGCUAUGCUUCAAUCUUUUGUACUUAAGCUAUUUGUGGAUAUGUUGUACAUGUACAUUAGCUGCUGGUUAUGAAUUAUUGCACAAAAGAUCACAUUGAUUUGUUUAAUAUCAAUGAAAGAACUAUAAACUAGUCGGUUUUGGGCACGCUUGGAAUUGACUGAGCUAUAACAUGUGAAAUCGUUUGCCAUUUUCUCCAGCUCUGUCCUUACAAAGAGCUCAUAAGAUUUUAAGGGCAACCACAAUAAGUACAAAAAUGAAUAAAAAAAAUAAAAAAGGUAAUAAUUCCAGGCAAGCAAAAUGCAAGCCUGCAGAUGUAUUCUUAGAGGGACAAUGGUCAGUGGCAAUUUAUAAGCUGUACAGUGAGGUUUUUGCAAAAACUGUCAACAUUCUUGGGAUGCCUCAUCCUCGGAGACCCGGGGGCAGUCAGUCGGGUCGGGAGAAAAGGCGAGAAGAAAGUUUUCAAGUACGGACGAAAGAGCUCCUGGGUACCGACUCUCAUCGAACCUUUUCCAAGAAUUCAAGCGGUUGCCAGCUCCCGAUUGGGCACAAAAAAUGCUUUGUGUUAUUGUGCCCAAUGGGCGAACAGUUUCUCCUGAGUUCUUUUCGUGAGCUCGUACGCGAAGGCUAUUGUCUCACCACACUUGCCCAGUUCGUUCACCAAGCUUGUGCGUGCAAGGGAAACUUUUAUUUUCUACUUUCCUAACCAGAAACGAAGGAACUAUUGAUGAGUUGAAAAAACGUUUGGGAUGCUAUCAGCAGGAGCAAAUUCUGUUUUUGAGCCAUCGCAGCAUAUCGUAAACAAUAGGAAGUUUAAGAUGCGGGGGCGACGAGAAAGUCAAAUAAGCAAUAGCUUGAUAAGGCAAAACAACAACUUUGCCGUCAACUGCACGACUACCCGUGAAAAUGCCUAAUUUCACGUUUUGUGAAUGACGUAAACAAGUAAUGACAAAAUUCAUUCUGUUCAUAAACUUGGAUAUGGUUGAUAGAAAUUCAGCUCCAGAAGAGUUUGGUUGUAUUUGACAAAAGAAAGCGAGUUGGAAUAAUCACGACAAAGACUGAAAACAUGUGAAUUCACUUUUCGAUACAACGUUUGUGUGGCUGUCAGCCGUCGUGGUAUCUUUUAAAAAGUCCCUAAUAUUUACGCAAGACGUGACCAAUGCAAGCGUGAAAACCUGUUGUAAGUCUAGAAAAACGUCUUUAGUUUUCGGGCAGACAAUAUUUUGAAAUCAAAUAGGGAUUUUAUAUCAAACUGAAAGUUUCCUGACUGCGUGCAUUUCUUUGGUGCAUGAGCCAGACAAGCCGUGAUCGAAACAACAGCCGUCGUGUACGAACACACAAAAAGAACUCAGGAGAUGUGUUCGCCGAUUGGGCAAUGCAGUUCAGGUGUACACAAACUGUGCUAAUGCAAGACAUUUUGAUUCACCUUGCCUAAUGUGGGCUUUUUUGAAAACUGCCUAAUCCCUCAUUUUCAACUUAUUUUUUAAGGGUUUAACAGCAGCAUAAAUACCCACUUUUUCCUCUAAAUAAUGUAAAGUAAACUUGUGUCAUUUCCCAAAUAAUUUUGUGAGCAGACAACUGGAGUGGCUUUUGGUUUAUUGCAAUAAUAUUUACAGUUUUUUUAUGUCUUUGAAUGUAAUGACCAGUAGUCCUCAAAUUAAUUGGAUAUGUUUAGCUCAUAAGGUUUGAUGAUUUAGCAUUUAUCCUGCUCAAGCAAGUAUGUUCUUUUAUUGGUUGAUUUUUUAUGGUAAAUUUCUUCUUAUGCCCCCUUAGAAAUAUUGCAACCCUGCACUAUGCAAGAUAUCCUUUGUCAAUACUGUUGGUGAAUACUCUUUGGCUAUAUAAAAGAGAAUGCUGUAUUAUAAUGAUGGAAAAUAUUCUAGUCAUUUGCCACCAUGCCUUUACAUGUCAAUCAUUAUUAAUUUUGGUGUUCUGUUUAUUACAGCGUGAUUUGUAAGCUUCAAAUAUGUCUUACCCUCCUUAUGGUGGUGGACCAGGGUAUCCGCCCGCUGGGGUAAGUAAUCAUAAAAUGUUAUAGCAUGAACAUGGGGAACAAAACAUUGCAAUUUGUGGAGGUGAGGGGUGGGGAUGCUACAAUUUAUUUUUCAUUUAUUUGUGCCACCAUUUCAUACAACAAAUUAGAACAUCACAUUCAGUUUGAGACAAAUUUAUUAUGAUACCAUUACUGUUUUUUCACCAUCUGCAGUUGUUUUCAACACAGAAACACCUCAGACUUUUAAAGACAUUAAUUUUUUCAAUGUUGUUCAUUUUUCAGCCUGGUUACCCCCCUGGUCCAGGAUACCCUGCACCUGGUUAUCCUCCUGAUCCAGGGUACCCUCCCACCGGGGGGUACCCACCUGCUGCACCAGGAUACCCACCUGCUCCUGGUGGCUAUCCUCCUAGCUAUCCUCCUACUGCUGGCGGAUAUCCACCUCCCCCAACAGGAGGUUAUCCACCAGCACCAGGUACAAUCUUACUUGUUUAUAUAGUAAAUAUUGAACAAUGGCGACAGUAUACAUUAAGUUUUGAAACUUGUUGGAAGAUCUGUGUAUACCAUCAGUCAAAGUUAAGUUUAUUAUUACAAUGUAGCUUAGCUAUGAGUAACCCAAAAGGCUGGAGUUCAAUCCAGUUUCUGAAGCUCAAAGCAGUAACUGGGGUAGCCCACAAGAUCAUCUCUGUCAUUUUUCCAAAGUACACGUAGCAUGUGCAAACACUUAGCAGACAAAGUGUAAUUAUCACACCCCUCACCUGAUGGAUUCGAGUGAAGCAGCAUGGAGAUACUAAACAUUAGAGUUGUAAACAUGUACAUCUGGUUUGAACUUUUGAUCUUCUGGCCGGGAUAAUUUCCUUAAAUCCAUCUAGCACACAAUUUACUGUCUGCAAAGCUCAGCUAAUCAGCUUCCUUUUGUUUUCAUUUUUUGACAUGACCCUCUUCUACAGCUGGAGAGAAAAUUUGAGACACUUUGCGCUAAAGGGCCUUUCUGACAUUUUGCCAAAACAUUCCCUCCUCCACCCACUUCCAAGCCACGUUUUGCUGCUGUUUGAGCUACCCUUAGGAAACAAAAAAAUGCUCCAACUUUGAAUGGAAGGGACAGGGGAUAGGCACAUGUACAGUGUAUGUGUUGUUUUGUUCUCAAAAGUACCCUAUUUGAGGACUUUGUUUCAAAUACUUUGUCACAAAUUGUACAUGUAGCUACGCUAACUGUGGGUUGCUAGCUUUGCUUUAAAAGCCAAAAUUACUAGCUAUUGUUGUUAUUAUCAGAGUCAGGGCUCAAGACUGCCUGAGGGUAGCUAACUACAUGUAGCCAUGUUCAAAAGUCAGUUUGUUUCCAUGAAGCAAUGUUUUUCUCUCUUGUCUUUCAAGGUAUGAUGCCAGGGGUUAUACCUGGGGGACCACAGCCUGGUUAUGGUGGCGGAGGAAGUUCUUAUGGAGUACCACCCCCAGUAGGUGGAUAUGGAGCUCCACCUCCAGCUGGGGGAUAUGGUGCCCCAUCUCCUGCCAGUGGGUAUGGUGCCCCACCCCCUGUCAGUGGGUAUGGUGCCCCACCUCCUGCUAGUGGAUAUGGAGCACCACCCCCUGCUAGUGGAUAUGGAGCCCCACUUCAUAGUGGUGGGUAUGGAGUACAUCAUCAACCUCCACAGCAGAGCUAUUCUCCCUCUCAAGGUAUUGGGCAUUUUUUAUCUUUUUUGCAGAUUUAAAGAUUGUUUUAAUAUUAUAGGAUUCCAUGAGUAGAUUUCUGAUCACUGUAUAAUCAAAAAAAAUUCGUAAAACUUUGUGGUUUUUGUUUGAUUUAAAUAUAAUUAUCAGUAUGAUAACAGAAAUGAACUGAGAUCCACAAAGCCCUGCAGUUACAAUAAUGAUAAAUCAGACCUGAUACAGGCACUGCAGAUUUUAGAAAGCAGAGUUGUAUUAAGUAACGUAGCUUAAUGUUGUGUUGGAUGGCUGUGGUUCACAGUAUGAUCUAUUUUAUUUAUUACCAAUAAAUGAAAGUCUGCUUUGAUGGCACACCGUUUCCAGCAGCUGAUAUAUUUAUGCAUACAGUAUCCAACUGAUUCUCUUAUGCGGACUGUAAAUAACCAAUUAAGUAAAUUUUGUAACUUACUUGAAGAAGCCGUGAGGAUAAGGUUUCGAGCUGAGUGUGAAUACCUGUAUAUUUCGUCUUUUUAUGUUUAGUGACUUGAAUAUUAUCACUUACAUUCCUCAAAAGAGAAAUGCAUGUAGCACUAGCUACUGGCAGAUCUGAUUGAUUUUUCUACUAAGGGUUUAAUUGUUUGUUUUGUUUGGCCUUUUUUUUGUUGAGGUAUGGGGCUAUGUCCUUAAGUACCUGCCAGUUAGUCAUAUGCAUGAAAAGGACCUAAUAAAGUGAUGUGUUUUCUGUGUAAAAAUUACUACCUUUUCCAGCUGUAACUUUUGCUAGUCAUCUUUUUUUUUUUUUAGCCAAUGAUCAGGGCUUUCACUAAGAGCCAGGGCCCUUAGGGGUUUACACUGGCAACUAUGAGCAUGACCCCCGACUUCUUUCAGGAAACAAGAAGAAAAUAGAGCCAAAUGAACUUUGUGGCUGUUCAGUUACCCACCUACUAAUAAGACCCAGCAUUUUGAUGAUGUUUAAUAUUUUUCAGCUCCAGUGACUCACAGUGCUCCCCUGCCCACAGCACCUGCAUCUGCUCCUCCACCAAAACCUCAAGCAGCCCCAGCAAAACCUCCACCACCUUCUGGCAGUCAUGUAAGUGGAUGGAACAUUUUGAUUGCAUAUUGUGCCGUUAAAAGCAAAGGACUGAAUUGUACAUAAGAUGUCCUCUCUCAGCAAUGUGUGUAUGUAUGUAUGCAUGUAACUGUGGCUUGUCCAGUUAUUUCCUGGAGGUCUUAUUUUCUCUAUAAAACAAGAAACUCUGGAAUUCAUAGCAUUGUGAAGCUUGUUUUACAUGUAGGCAUUUAGACAGUGGAAAAAGGGAAAAAGUAUGUAAUACAUGUAUGUAUAUUGAGUGGAAAUGCACUGGAAUUCCUGUCAGUGCUUAAGCUUCAGGAAAAAUCUGUAGCCCUUUCUUUUAUUUUCUCCCGCAUUUGCAGUUCUCAGUGACCCUUUAUACUCAUAACUGAACAGCUGGAAUAGGUUAUGGUCUUGGCAAGUUAACAAUAACUGUUUGCUGAGUUUAUCCUUCUUUGCUUUUCCAGGGAGGUGUUCCCACUGCUCAGAUGGCUUCUAUGUCUUUGACUAAAGUAAGUAAAUUUUAAUGUUCACAUAACAUUUACAAACAUAAAGAAAAUUUAAUGCAAGCAAUGAUUCCUUUAGCUGGGGGGUGGGGGGGGGGGGAUUAUUAGCAAUUAGGUCUUGAAAGUUGACAAUUCAUUAGGGACUCCUGCUGCCAGUUAAAUGAUGUCUGUUGUAAAAAAUUAACUCAGGCUACUAUUAGGAACCAGUCAUUAGAAUAUAAGUAAGUAUUGACAAAAUGUCCUUAGACUACUGUUAAUUUGUUUUCUUUGUAGAAGUAUGGUCAUCCUACUGUAUUUCCAGCCUCUCCAUUUGAUGCAGAAGCAGAUUGUGAGUUGCUAAGGAAAGCAAUGAGAGGAGUAGGUAAGAUUGACUCAAAUUAAUUAAAGAAAUGUAAAUUGUGAAAUACCAAGCUGUAUGCCUGGGCAAUGGUCUGGUAAUAUAUCCUAGUACCCUAUUAUAUACCCUACCACUCAAUACAGUAUGAAUCAGGCCCAAUCUGUAGACUUUCCUCAGCUAGUCAGUCUUUGGCAACUGAUAUAAAUUUACAUCCAUGCCAGUCAGUGCCCCGUUUGGAAACACUUACUUCACAGUGUUUGUGACCUCUAAAAUCUUUAGAUCUUAAGUCCUGCCCAGUGGUGGUGGAAUGCUAAAAUUUCGUUUCUUUUCUUUUUGAUAUUUCAGGGACUGAUGAGCAGGCUCUUAUUGACAUUAUUGUGAAACGAAGCAAUGCCCAGAGAGUAGAAAUCAGAAAAAGAUACAAAACAAUGUUUGGCAAGGUAAGCAUUAAAUAUGCAUGUUCAGUGUUGGCAGCAGCCUGAUGUUUGGAUGUUUUGGACUCUUCUUUGUCACAUUCUCAUGAAAUGAUGGCCACUACAUCUUUCCAAUUUACAUACUAAGUGACCGACUUGCUUUUCUCACACUUUUUUGACGUUACAAAGUAUUGUACCACAUUUUUGUGUGUUGCCUUUGAUGGUCGCAAUACUAUGCUUCGUUUGUGGGUGGUUCUUGCUUACGAUUUAUCAGAGGACUAUCACACAUGAGGCUAACAUUGCAUAAAGAUAGUUUUUUUUUUGUUUUUUUUCCAAUGUGGCAUACAGUUCAAGGUUAUUCUGAUCCGGAUAGAGGAAUAAUAUUAGUGAAGACCUGUGUCAGUUAGUGUCUUGAAAAUUGCAUUUAAUUAACCCUUUUUUGAUAGUAUCCAUUGUGUCAAUCAAUUAAUAGUAACCUUUUUAUUAAUCUACAUGUUAUUUGACAUUGUUAGGAUCUAAUGAAUGACCUGAAGUCAGAGCUUAGUGGUAACCUGGAAGAUUGUUUGUUGGCUUUACUCGAGCCAUCCUCUCUGUAUGACGCCAAGUGUUUGAGACGUGCUAUGAGGGUAAGGCAACAAAUGUUAUACAUGUAUUGAUAUUUUAUCCCUUUGUAUGCACAAUACAAUCAGUGUUAAUGUUUUGACCUUUGUUGUCUUUAUUAUUUUUCAGGGUGCUGGAACAGAUGAGGAGACAUUGAUUGACAUUCUUUGUACCCGUACUAACCAGGUUUGUUGUUACAUGUAUAAUAAAGUGUACUGGGCUAUCAUUAAAGCUUAAAGAAGCUGGUCUCUUAAGGAAAGUAGCUACCAUUAAAGUCUGAAUGUGGAGCAAAAAUAAUAUGUCAUGCAAAUGUUUCGCUGUAACUUUCAAAAGACCAUAAACACCAUCUAAUAAAACACUACAGCUUUGCACAUUUAUACAGCCAGAGGCACUUUACCAAACUGGCAACUUACUUUCACCGCAAUUUUUGUUACCAGAAUAAUUAUUGUCUUCUUUCCAUUGUGACCAAAACGGUUGCAGCUUGGAGCACUGUGAUAUCUAUGGUCUCAGUCAUGGCAUUUUCUUAUGUUUCCUAGCUUUACAUUCAGAUUCAACAGUGUUCAGUCAUUUGAAGUUCUCCCUUGGUUAUUUCCAGUUCAACCAAGCAUCCAGGCACCAUAAUAUUACAAAACCAAUUUUGAAAUUUAUAUGUUAAGGUUUCUAUGUAAUAGUUAUGAUUGUGCGUGGAAAUGAGAGUUUUUAGUUGUCCUGUGACAUGUCAUGUGAUUGGUUCAAAGGCUUUGUUGUGAAAUGAUAGGAAUCUGUGAAAUGAAAUAUUAUCCACUGUCAUGGUAGAUAUGCGUUGUUAUCGCUUUGAACAUUGGACUGGGGGACCUGAGUCUUUUUAAACCAAAAUUACAAACUCUGUAGACUGUAAAUUCCUCAUUAAAGAUGUACACCGUUUGUUCGAUGUGGAAAGGAAGUGGGACAAUACGAUGCAAUGAAGUAAGCCGAUUUGCAUCAGUAGGUAAUGAUAAUCCAAGAAUGAAUACUUUAAAAGCAUCAGCUGUCUAUAUUUGAGAGACAGACAGUUAACUGUUAUUCAGCUGGGAUCAGUUGUUAUUAUGCUUAGGUGUUGCGUUUGUUUUAUAUGGGUGUCUCUAUCACCUGAUUUUUAGCAUCUAAUUAUUAUGAAGGCAUUGUUUCCAUAAAUUAACCUGUUAUGUUUUCUUUCGUGACAGGAAAUAGCUAACAUCAAAAGGAAUUAUACUGAAUGUGAGUACCAAAUUUUAUUUAUGUUCUUUUAAAGACUUAUGUCUACCCUUUGUUGCGAUCCUACGUACAAGCAAUCUUGAUGUUUAAUCGAGGCCUUCUUAGUUUUACUGCUCUUUUUGUCAUCAAAAUCUUAGAAAUUAUGACAUUCAUUACCCAUGACACUAUGAAGAAAAAUAAUGUGAAUAACUUUACACGUUUCUUCUACAGUAAGCUGCUCAUUUUGUAGAUGUUUUGCAAUUGGAUGCAACUGAAUUGCAAUGUAAAUACAUGGUUCUCGUCCACUCUAGUUUCUGUUGAAUGCCAAUUCAAACAUCUUAAAUGGUUUGCUAUUAUUAUGACAUACUUCACCACUUUAUUUUUUCUGUAAAGUACUACUGCUCUGUCUUAACUGGGGAAAAUGAAGGAAGAACAAAAUAUUCUGUAGCUGAUAGCCUGCCUAGCAAGCGUUUCCGUUUGGUUUCGGAGCAAAAAAAGACCGUGGAAGGAGAUUUUUGGUUUUGAUCGCGCGAGAAAUUAAAAUUUGACUCUUGUUCCUCGUUCUUUGCUCCUAAACCACACAGACACGCUUCCUACGCAGGCUAUGCAGCUGAUUGCUCGAUACUGUAGUCGUGCAAAAAAUCUAUGUUUCAUCACAAACUUUUAAGUUUUCCAUAAUUACGAGUUAAGUACAAUAUCCAUGGCCUGCUAAGGAAAUGGAAGAAAAUGCAAAAUGGAAGGCCAGAAAAAUUGUUUUUUGUUUAGGGAAGAGUCAGGGAAUUUUUAGGUUUCAGUGGAGUCCAACAGUAAGAAAGGAACAGUCAUCUAAAUAUCAAGUGUGGUUUUUCAGAAGCAAAUGUUUUAAAUCUUUUACUUAGAUUACAAGCGUGACCUUGAAAAAGACUGUGUGAGCGAAACCAGUGGUCAUUUUAAGAGGCUUUUGGUCUCUAUGUGUCAGGUAAUGAAAAGAUUUUCGCAGCUCCUAAAUGUGACGUUCGUAAAACUGUUACAGUUACAUGAGAAUAAACCUUGGAGGGGAUGUUUGGAUGGAGACAGGGUGAUGCAUUGCUAGAUAACAGCGGUGAGCGAUGCACUUCAACCAGAAGAGAGGCUUUUUUCCCUUUGAAUAUGCCAUGACGCUACUGAACAAAGUUGUAUGGGUUAGUGUCUUUCCCUUUAUAGAGACGAGCUGCCCAAACAUUUUGGCAAACCCACGCCCCAAAAAUGCUAUAAGUCCGUCAAAAACCCCUUUGCUUUAGCUUCCUAUUACCACGAUAUCAAUAUUUCUUACGUGUCUUGAACAAGGCAAGGUAGCCAGGUUGUUACGUAGAAACGUGUCUCACUCAAAACACUACAAGUUUGUGAGUGUUGCACCAAAUCUUCCACUGUUGGAGGUUGGAUAGGUAGAGACAGUCAUGUUGUGUUUGUACACGCACUUUUCCCCUGCAACACUACAUGAGGGUGAACGCAGCAGAUCCUCUACUUUUUUCCCCAAGGAUUCUAUGGAAAAUAACGAGGUAGGUUGGGUGGGAAAGCAGGACACUGUUGUGUAUGUUGGGAAGGAAGCGUACCGAGUCUUCUGCUUGUCUGGCCGGAUGCUGGAUUCUGUAUUUUGGGGUCAUCACUACUUCACUUUAUGGGAACAGAAGUCAUUGGAAGGAAGGAAGGCAUUUCUCUCUAUCAGCAGAAGGGUAGCCUUGAAGAGUUUGAAUUUGCUAUAAAGGACGCAACCGGAACGGCUUAUACACUUAAACACCGUGAUGGACUACAAUGAAGUGUAUUAUCAUACCAAGUGGGUAUGGUGUAAUGCAGCUUCACAAUACCUCUUUGUAAGUUAUAAUGUAAAUUGUUUUUUAUUUACUUCAUUCUGAAGGGCAAUCGAGAUGAGUCCACCACAGUUGACUUAGCAAAGGCUCAAAAGGAGGCCCAAGACUUGUUUCAGGUAUAAAAAAUUGUAUUAAAGUUGAGUGGCUGAGAUCGUCUAUCGAUAAAUAGCCUCUAGUUGCUUGUUUGACUGAAUUGAGUUCUCUUCCGUUUUUCUGGCUUUGACAACCGUCAAGCGCGUUAGUCCGUAUUUAGUGUAAAUAGCAUUAUUAUUCAUUCAGAACAUUGCUCCGUUUCUUAUUGGUGCAAAUUCUCCAGCUUAUUCUAGCUGAAUUCUUCAUAAGGGACGGACCAUUAGAAAAGUUAUGGGGGGGAGGGGAAUUUUUGAGCCGCAGGAAUUUUUUUUCGUUAUCAAUUUUUUUUAGGCCGUAGCAUGAAUAUUUUUUAGAGUUAAUUGGCGUGCAUUAUUUUUUUUGUACUUCGCCCGCCCCCCCCAUAAGUUUUCUAAUGGUCCGUCCCUAACCAGCUAGCGUUGACCGAACUUGGAAGACGUUUGCGAUAUCCGGUAAAGUGACGUCAAUAUUGCAGGAUAUCGCUGGAAAAAAGCUCUGAAACCUGACGCCUUAGGGCCGAGGUUGUGAUCGCUCAGCUGUUUUAGUAAGGCUGGAGAAAAUGUCCGAAAAUUUCACCCGUUAAGCGAAGAAGAACAGCCGAGCAAACUACUGCCUUAAAACGAAGUAAGAACAGCUAAAUACAACUCGACGGAUGACAACUGCUAUUCGAAGAAUAUCUACCAGACUUAAUAUAAACAUCACUAUAUAUCCUGAAUUGGCCGAGAAUCAAGGAAAUGAAGACAGGAACUUAACGACACGAAGAAAGCAUAUUUUGAACUAUUUUGAAUAGAUAAUAAAACAAUAUUGGAUUCGGCUUUCGUAUGAUCUCAAGAACUAUGCAGAUCUAUAUAACACUCUCCUCGAUAGAUCAUACUCAUCCAAUGAGCUUACAUUGCAAUUGCUAAAUAGCUAAAAUAGCCGUGUGAGUCGGAACGAGUGUAGGUAAUAUGUGUUGUGUUUCAUUGUGUUUUAUGUUAAAAUUUUAAUUCCCUCUGUAUUUGGCUAUAUGGAAAUGGAAAUGCCAACCACCACAGACCUUAGCUCUGCAAUCUAAUGAUGUCAUUUGACUUGUCUGGUUUCUAGGCUGGAGAGAGGAAAUGGGGUACAGAUGAAUCUCGCUUUAAUGUUGUUUUGGCUUCCAGGAGCUUUCCACAGCUUAGAGCUACUUUUGAUGAAUAUAUCAAGGUAAGCCGGCAAUUUUUUUGCGGCAUACUAAUUUCUUGCGAUAGCGUUUAGCUUGAGACGGUCAGUUCUACUUAAUUUUUCCUACAAUUGGAAUCGCAUGGCCAAGGUGCCGAGAAAAUGAAUUAUUUCCGAGGCCCAGUUGUUCGGAGGGUUUCUUUUUUUCUUCUGUUCAACAGCAUUUUCGCGGAUAAUUUUCUCGUUUCUUUAUAGAGCAUCAAAUCAUUACAUUGCAGGCAAAAAGAAUUAAACUGAAUUUGCUUUUCAAGCUUUUAUAUCUGAAAUUUGGAUAAGACUAAGUCUGGUUAGUCUUAUCCCUGCUUUGAACAACCCGGCCCAGAUCACCCCCUUCCGAUUUCCUCGGAUCAUUUUAAGAUUCUGCCAACCUUCACCUCCCCUCACCCGAUGUUAAUCCGAAUAAAUACAGAGUCAGAGGUUAGACAUGACAACAUUGGGCUUUUCCAUAAUAUUGACUCUGGAAUUACAGUAAGAGGGUGAGUUAAUUUACUGUUUGUGUGGGAUGUGUCUAUGUGGAGUAUGAUGGAGUAAAGACCGGGAGGCGAGAGCCAAUGUGCCGCGCGUAUCAUGUACAUGGUAUGGAAAACAGUGGCUGGAAGUAGAAGAAAUCUGAAAAAGGAGUCUAUCUUGCGCACUAUUUGUCCCCCCCCCCUCCCGGGGACUCCCAAAUGAAAGUAGCGGGGUGCUCGUGGGAAAGUUGUUAUUAAGCUCCUGCUGGAGAACAGUCUGGGUGUUGUGUUUUAGGCUUUAUUUGACCGUAGGGGAGACUAUACUUCAGCGAGAAAGACGAGCAUGCCUGUCACUUAUAUGGGAGUCCCCUUUCCCGGGUAUUUUGUAUCAAGAAAGAGAAGAGACGCAGGCAACAGCAAGGGAAGGGUGGAUUUUCGUAUUGCUGUCCUAUCCCUCUCCCUCGGACUGACGACAUUCAAGAGAUAUUUUCUCUAUCAUUAUUUUGCAGAUUUCACAGCGGGAUAUUUUGAACAGUAUUGACCGUGAGAUGUCUGGAGAUCUCAAGGCUGGAUUUAAAUGUAUUGGUAAGUUAAUAUAUUUUUAGGCGGCCUAGUCUGUCAGCAGUUCAUGGUUUAUAUGGGUGGGAGUGUUAGUGUGAGCAGUGUUUCAAACAACCAUCCUGGCUUGGUUAUGAUCAAAACUUUUCGCUCUUGACAGUGUGGGGAGAACAGGGGAAAGGGAGCCAGGGAAAAUAGGGAGCGGGAGAGGAAAGGACGAGAGGUGGAAAACGGCGAGGGAGGAAUUCAAGAAAAAAGGUGUGGGGCCGGGAGAUGCAAAGUGCAGGAGGUGAAAGGUUUGGAGUCCCUGUUCCCCUUCAUUCUUAAGUGUCUAUAGGCCAUGUUACACCAGACAAUUUGCCAAGACGAUUUUUAGUGCAACAUUGUGAAACUUGAAUUUGAAACAAUACAAAAUACACACCUACGACGUACCCGCAAACUUCAAAAAAAGUAAAUAGGGCGGCGAAAGCAAGAACGAUUGUUGAUUUAGCGAUUAGAAAUCAACCCCAAAAGAUAAAUUCCUUGUUCGGUUAUAGUAAAUGAACCUGCGUUGAAGAGUGGACAGUGGAGAAACUAGCCUUCGGCAAGGAUCCUUCGGAAAUACAGGAAACGUCAAGUCUUUUCUAUUAUCGGAACGAGUAUUACAAAGCGCAACAGCGCAGUAUUUGUGAGAACUAUUCUUUGUCGUAGUUGUACGGUGCGCGCUUCUGCCAGUUUAUACAAUUUAAUUGAGAUGUAGCCCUUAGGCCUCGCUUUCAUGCUGAAGUCGUAAGUGUGUAUGUAACCAUGCUUUGUUCCGCUAAAAAAUCGUCGUCGCGAAUCAUCCCGUGUAUAAUAUCGCUUUUAUGGAAGAAGCCUGCGAGCACCUCGCGGCUUCUCCGCUCACUCGCGCGUUCUCUCGCGUCUUGCCUCGCUCGCCAAAAAUGGAGUGCUUGCCAGGAGGUGGCCUGCGUGCAGACGUCUCCUAUUUCCUUUGUUGCGGCUUAAGAAAAGGAAAAAUAAAUAAUAAACCAUUAUCAAAUGUAUUUUCACCGACAGCUUGCCGAUUGAGAAAAAGUAGCCUAUAUUUAUGUAAAUUGUGUUGGUUUUGACAGUGCAAUGUUCAAGGAAUCCUGCUGGAUACUUUGCUGAUCGACUGUGGAAAUCCAUGAAAGGAGCCGGAACUGAUGAUGCAACCUUAAUUCGAAUUGUUGUUUCGCGUUCAGAGGUAGGCCUCUUUUUCUUUUGUCGCUUUUUCUUUCCUCUCUCAAUCAGCUGGUUUAUUCGUUUAUGAGCAAUCUCGUCCCCAGUGCCUUUGCUGCUCUUUUCCAGCGGAACGAGCAACGGAAGAAGAAUCCAAAAGGGAAACAUCAAAAUUCUAGUUACGGUUUAGUUAUCCUGCGUGAAGUUGUUUACCCAAGAAACGUUGUGAUCGGGGUAAACUCUUUUAACGGUUUCAAGUCGCAUAGAUUGGAGUGUACACAAAUGACCUGUCAAAAUCAGAUCGACGUGUUCAUAUCCUUCGAACGGGAUCCCAAGUGAAGCGGGGCGAAAAAGAAAAUCGGCGAGCGAAGUGAUCCGAGCGUGGCUUGAGGGACGCAACGCCCCGUCGCACCUGGCUUGCUUUCGCCCCUCUCCAAUUGGAGUCUGUUCACAGGCUACGUGUUCGGUUUUUUUUUUGAUUUGCAAGUAAUUAGCAUAUAAUGAACACGUUUUUGUAAGCGAAGCAGGGAUUUUCUUUUCCGAUUUGCCCAGAGGUUAGUGAAUUUUGGUGCUAACGAAAGUGAUCGUGGAACGAGCUUGCUUUUUGAGAUGUCGGAAAAGACCAAGAAAGUCAAACCAUUGGUCACAUGUUUUUAAUGUCAUGAGUGUUUACAGGAACCAAUUUCAGAUUUAUCAAAGUGGACGGACACUUUUACACUUAAGGCGCAAAUUGUCUUCUUGUGGUUUUUUGCCUCUUCACUUUGUUUGUAGGCCUCACUCUAAGUCUUUUCAAGGGACAUUCUUUUCAAGCGCAAAAUCUAAUUGUCUGAAAAUUUGGAAGUUCUGCUCGAAGAAUUUUCUUUGAAUCGUGAGGAUCCAUCGCGCUCAGGUUGUCGUUGAUACCAGUACACUCGCCGCUCUCUCGGUCCUCCCCGAGAAGAGUCUGUACCGGGAAGGAGCGCGGGCUCAUUUCAAGAAGAGCGGCUGGUAAUGAUCGAGCCUACUUUUGGCAGGACUGUUUGUUUCUCUCUAUCUCCCAACCAGAGUGUAUUUUUCAAAGUGUGUGCAUUGUUUGGUCCAACCUCGUUCUGUUUCAGAUUGAUCUAGUUGAAAUCAAAGCGGCCUUCCUUCAGAAAUAUCACAAGACACUGUACAAGAUGAUUCAGGGAGACUGCAGUGGUGAUUACAAGAAACUCUUGCUAACUGCAGUUGGAAUGAACUGAGAUGGCUUUGCAAGAAAAAAAUUAUCCUAGCUUUCUGUAGAUUGUUUAUUUUGUUGUUAAUUUUCACCUUUUUUUUUUUUUUUUUUUUCUGUUGCAUACUUCCACCGUAGACAUGAAUAUUUACUCCGCUGUUAAUGAGAAGACAGUGAGCAGUCCCUUUCUUUUGGCUCCUUCCCCAGGACUUGACUCGGGACAAACCAUGAAACCCUUAAAUGAUAGAGUCAGUUCUUUUGCUCCUGGAAUCGUGUGUUCUUGCAUACGUCCAUUUUGAAAUGACAAAGUCUUGUCACCCUGUUUUCUUUGCACGCUAUUUCUCGCUCCACAAUUCGUGGUAAGACACGGGGGCUGCUCAUUGUGAAAAUACCUUUAGUUCAGUUAUAGCAGCCACGAUGUGGCUCCUUCCCCAGGACUUGACUCGGGACAAACCAUGUAACCCUUAAAUGAUAGAGUCAGUAGUACUUAGGCCUCCUCGUGCUCCUGUAACGGAGCAUCGUGUGUUCUUGCAUACGUCCAUUUUGAAAUGACAAAGUCUUGUCACCCUGUUUUCUUUGCACGCUAUUUCUCGCUCCACAAUUCGUGGUAAAACACGGGGGCUGCUCAUUGUGAAAAUACCUUUAGUUCAGUUUUAGUCAUAGUAGUAGCAAAUACCACAACUUCAACGUGCCUCUUGUUUGUAAUGUAAGAGUUUUCAGUAGCAGUACUGAGGACGAGACAAUAUUUCAGAAAUGUAGACAUUGUUUUGCGUGUAAUCCUAGGAUUUGGUACUAGUAUAUGGUCAUGCCGCAUCAGCCAAUUCCAGCAAAAGCCAGUACCCGUGACAUCAGUUAGGCGUACUUCCUUGAGUCGGGCUUAAACUUAAAACCCUAUGUUCGUUUUCGAUAACGAGGCUUGUUUCCAACCAUCUCAAAGUCCUAAACCACCGAGUGUAAUGAAGGACUUGAGACACCAACUUCUCCUUACUUUUUGUUUGUUUUUAUAGCAGGGCUUGUUUAUUGGCUAUUUUUAAAUAGAGAAAUUCUUUUCUCCGAGGAUAUUCCACCGGCGAAAAAGAACAGGUCGUUUCUGAAAUUUGGCUGAUCCAGGUGAUCCAUACCCUCGUUAGAAUAGCACUUGGUCGAACCAGUUCAGCAUUCAUAAUUGCUCAAGGAGCACUUACCGUCCAAAAAUGUGGCGAUUUCUCUUUCAGUCUUCCGGUCUAUAUUGAGAUUACCGCAAGACUGCCCAAUUCUUAAAUCCAUCGAAUGCUUGUAGGGUAAGACAAUAAUUGGAAUAAUUUAUAUGUCCGAUCUUCUAAGUUAUUAAAUCAAGCUUGGCAACACUACAGCUGUUUGAAAAGUGAUUUGAUUUCAUUUUAUUCUCUGAGGCUGCGUUCAAACGGCACUGGACGAAUUUUCAACCGGCUGAAAUUUUGACAGGAUAAAUCGGUCACAAGGGACCUUUUAAUAAUUUUGUUCUGUUCACACGGAAAUUUGAACGGGUAGCGUAUGGUUGAGGUGGUUCCGUGUGAAUGCAACACCUAAACGCAG